CGGAGCUGCAGCAAGAGUGAGAGUGAGAGAGACCACUGCCUCCGUCUCCGUCGCCCGAGAGAGGACUGGUUGUGAGGGGGAGGACUCUGUCUCCCUCACUCGCUCCUCCUCCUCCUCUUCAGCGUUGCGCACAAUUCUCUUGGUCUCCGUUCCUGCUGCUGCGCCUCUCCCUCCCUCCCUCUCUUCCUCGGUGGUGGUGGUGGUGGUCAUUGCCAACGCUGCGACAUUGACACCCUUUGGUAGUCGGGCGGCAAGAUCUCUCUUUGUUGUCUUCUAAACCCUACAUGUUCUGUGUGGAGGAUGCUCAUGCCCGCGAACGUGCUGCUGUUACCUUGGAGCCUAGAUUAACUCGUGAGGUUGGAUGCCACUGCUGUUGCUGCUGCGGGUCGACGAAGUGUCAUGCUUUCGUUUCUCCUAGGUAGAGGUUGCGGUAAGAGAAGCAAUGGCAUACACUGCAGUAGCUAGUUCGGGAAGGGAUUAUGUUGGAGAGAAUGGCUUUCGGCCUCCGGAUGAACACUCGAAUUCUGGCAAUGGGGAGUUUCGAAAAAGGCUUGGUUCAAUGGACAGCGCCUCGAAUGUCGAUAGUCCUAACCAGGUUAAGGAUCUUGUGGAACUCAUAGAGGCAGCAGAAGUCACAAUUCUCACUCAGGCGGAAGAAACCGAACGAUUAACAAGGGCCUUGCAAGCAGCUGAGUCGGAGCUUCAGUCCUGUAAAAUCAACAAGCAGAAGCAAGGUGCACAGGAGGGCUACAGUUCCUCACAGCCCUCUCAUGGACGGUAUCGAAGCUUCCAUGGAGAGUUAGCGUUAGUUCGCCCAUCCGAUUAUCGAAAUGGGACAGCAGAGCACAAAGGGCAUGACAAUGGUGGUAUCUGUGGAGGAUUGGAAAAUGGCCUUACUCAUAGCCGAUCCAAUGUAUUAUCUGCUGCUGACAAUGGGUGUCCUGUUUCUCCUCUUUCACGAAGGAGGGAUUCUGAGUUAGACUCUCGGCGAGAUGGAUAUCAGGGACUAGACUCUUCUGCUGAGUUACAAGGUUCCAAAAAUCAGGAUGGCUAUCCACGUUCACAGGAAAUGAUGGCGAGGCCCUCGGAGGAGGAGUUAAAUCCAAGCAUCUUGAAAAGUCGACUUGUGGAAGCUUCAAUGAAGGAAAUCGAACUUCUUAAAGAAAAGAGGAUACUUGAGCGGCGAGUUGCGGAGCUACGUCUUGCUUACGAUCAGCAGCAGCAGAGCCUCGUUGAUGCAGCAUCAAAAGCCUUAUCGUACCGGCAGAACGUGCUUGAGGAGAAUAUACGGUUGACCUAUGCACUUCAGGUAGCGGAACAGGAGAGGACUACCUAUGUUCAAAACUUGAUGCCCCUUUUAGCGGAAUUUGACUUGCAACCUCCGGUUUCGGAUGCACAUUCAAUGGUUAGCCACAUCAAGAUACUGGUGCAAAAGUUACGGUCAGAGCUGCAGCUUUAUGAGAGUAAAGUGAAAGACCCACAGUUUUACCCUCAACCGUAUCAACCUCCUUACCCGACGCAACAGUCAUAUAAUCCUCCCCCUCAUUCUCCUACAUUUCAUCAGACUGGUGGACUGGUUGAACAGAGCCAUGGUCUGGAGAUUGUGCCGUCGUACUCUCAAAGACCAGCAUCCCCAGUCCAACAGGUGCGACCAGGAAGGCCCAGUUGGGACUCAGUUGUUUCUUCUCCUCGAUAUGGUGGGUCACGAGAUCAGGAUGGGCAUCCUGCGGGCCCCAGUGAGCAAGAACCUCCAGCAGAAGCGGGUGCUAUUGUGCCUCAUGAGUCAGUCAGUGCCAGACCAAAUGAAGGCUUAGAUGACUUGGAGAGGGACGAGCUUACGUACAACGGAGCAGAUAUGCGAGGGGAUCCACCACUUGGUAGACCUGAUUUUGCUGUGUCGACAUCGCCGCAACUCCCUUCUUUGCCUGAAGAGCCCAACUCUCCAAGCUUUGAAGAUAGUGAUCCACUUCCAGGUAUUGUUGGCCUACGCAUAGUGGGAGAUGCUGUCCUAGGCGGUCGACUUACUGCAUGUGGCCACUCUAUCAACGGCACGUCUCUUUGCAUCUUCCAGUGGGUUCGGCAUAAUCAAGAUGGAACUGCUGCUAUGAUUGAAGGUGCAGCACAACCAGAGUACACUAUUACUGCUGAUGAUUACGACAAUAUGGUAGCUAUCGAAUGUGUUCCUAUGGAUGAGCGUGGUCGCAGGGGGGAUUUGGUAACUGUCAUGGCAAACGACGGCAAUUGGAUCAGUGGAGAUCCAAUGAUGCAGGAUCAAAUUAAUUCCUACAUGACAAACGGUCAUGCCUCAUUUGAAGUAAAUUUGCUGAUUCAAGAAGGAACAACUGAAGAUGCAUCAGAGCCAGCAACACUAGUUUUGAGACGCUCUAAUUUUGAAUUGAGGCGGAAUAGCAGCCGUAAACUGACCAUCAAUGAAAAAUAUUCUCCUGAUGUUCUUAUUAGAAUACCAUGUGGAGAGCUACUUCAGUGUGUCAUCAGCAGAGAGGUUAGCGGCAGGGAAAACUACCUGGAGUUGCGCGAUCCUCGGACACGGGAUAUGGCAGUGCUAACUUUUCGAGCUUUUCAUAAGGCUGCCAUGGAUGAGAAAAAGAAGACCAGACGCAAAUGGCUUAGACAUUGAACAUUGGCAAUAUUGGAAAGCUGUUCAACUUUGCCGAGCUUCUCGCAUGCUGUACUUUAGGAACAACUUAUGUAGAAAUAUAUCAGACAUGUAGAUUUCUGUAGAUUUAUGGGAUUGCUGAGGAUGCAUUUUGAAAAUUCUGUGACUUUGACUAGCUCAGUGACAGCCAUUAAUCGUGUAGGCUUUGGGGGAUCCUGAUGCUCCUACCUUACUCCUUUUUCCGAAUCUUGGCUUGGUUUGCAUAUUAAUGAUUGAAUAUUCAAUUGAGUUUUUGUUUAAACAAUAAAACUUUUUUUGGAGCUA